GGGAACCAGGACUAAGGUGGGACGAGCCGACUGAAUGUAGUCGAUGUGUUUAUUGAAAGAAAGAAACAAGGCCCCACGGUUUUUUCUAUUUGUGGGUCGGACAGCAGCACUUUGUGUUUUUUACUCGGACACCAGAGGAUACAGAGCGCAGCCUCCAGGAGAAGCUGGAUUCAUCUCUCAGCCAUCUUGACUGCCGCUCGCCGCCCUGAAGGCUCGUUUUCUCCUCUCCUCCUCCUCCUCCUCCUCCUCCUCCUCAUCAUCAUCAGCCCCCAAAGUAAACACGGCUUGCACAUCGCUCGCAACUCCGUGCGAGAUCCCGAGAGGAGCGAGAUGGGCUCGCUGCGCAACGUUUAGCGGGAGCGCAGCCAAGCGCAGGCGGCUGAGAGGAUUUAUUUGUACCGUAGCAGCAGAAGAAGCAGAGGGGGGACGCGCCGCGCCGCGCCGGAGACCAUGGACCUGUUUGGGAUUUACCUGCUCCUCUCCCUCGCUCUGCUGCCCCGAUCCAGCUGCACCACGGCCAAGGAGAUCACCUGCCAGGAGAUAGCCGUGCCCCUGUGCAAGGGGAUCGGCUACAACUACACCUACAUGCCCAACCAGUUCAACCACGACACGCAGGACGAGGCGGGACUGGAGGUGCACCAGUUCUGGCCUCUGGUCGAGAUCCAGUGCUCCCCGGACCUGAAGUUUUUCCUGUGCAGCAUGUACACCCCGAUCUGCCUGGAGGACUACAAGAAACCUCUGCCGCCGUGCCGGAGCGUGUGCGAGAGAGCCCGGGCGGGCUGCGCUCCCCUCAUGCGGCAGUACGGCUUCCCCUGGCCGGACAGGAUGAAGUGUGACCUGCUGCCGGUGCAGGGCAACCCCGACACCCUGUGCAUGGAUUACAAUCGGACAGACUCCACCACAGUGUCCCCGGUGCUCUCCAAACCCACCAACCACCCCGGUAAGGGUUACAAUCCGCCGAAAACUAAGCCCGGCAGACCCGGCGCGCCUGGGAAAUACAAGCCGCCUGCCUCGCCGUGUGAGCCGGGGUGCAAGUGUCUGGAGCCCAUGGUGCCGGUGAACACGGACCGUCACCCUCUUUACAACCGCGUCAAAACAGGACAGAUCCCGAACUGUGCCAUGCCGUGCCACAACCCCUACUUUACGCACGACGAGCGAGCGUUCACCGCGUUUUGGAUAGGACUUUGGUCCGUGUUGUGCUUCGUGUCAACUUUCGCCACGGUCGCCACUUUCCUCAUCGACAUGGAGCGCUUCAAGUACCCGGAGAGACCCAUCAUCUUCCUGUCAGCGUGCUACAUGUUCGUGUCCAUCGGCUACAUCGUGCGACUCAUCGCCGGGCACGAGAAAGUGGCGUGCAACCGGGAGUUCGACGUGGAGCACAUCCACUACGAGACCACGGGGCCCGCGCUCUGCACCGUGGUCUUCCUCCUCAUCUACUUCUUCGGCAUGGCCAGCUCCAUCUGGUGGGUCAUCCUCUCCCUCACCUGGUUCCUGGCGGCCGGGAUGAAGUGGGGCAACGAGGCGAUCGCGAGCUACUCCCAGUACUUCCACCUGGCCGCCUGGCUCAUCCCCAGCAUGAAGUCCAUCGCGGUGCUGGCGCUGAGCUCCGUGGACGGGGACUCGGUGGCCGGCAUCUGCUACGUGGGGAACCAGAACCUGGACAACCUGCGGGGCUUCGUGCUCGCCCCCUUGGUGAUUUAUUUAUUCAUCGGCACCAUGUUCCUCCUGGCCGGAUUUGUGUCCCUGUUCAGGAUCCGGAGCGUCAUCAAGCAAGGUGGCACCAAAACUGACAAACUGGAGAAGCUCAUGAUCAGAAUAGGCAUCUUCACGGUGCUGUACACGGUGCCAGCGACUAUCAUAGUGGCGUGUUACUUUUACGAGCAGCACAACAGGCAGAGCUGGGAGAUUACGCACAACUGCUCCAACUGUUUACUGGAGCGGGACCGCAGGAGUCCGGACUAUGCAGUUUUUAUGUUAAAGUACUUUAUGUGCCUUCUGGUGGGCAUCACGUCCGGGGUGUGGAUCUGGUCCGGCAAGACCCUGGACUCGUGGAGGACUUUCUGCACGCGGUGCUGCUGGGGGAGCAAAGGCACCAGCGGCUCCAUGUACAGCGACGUGAGCACGGGCCUGACGUGGAGGUCGGGCACGGCGAGCUCCGUGUCCUGUCCCAAGCAGAUGCCAUUGUCCCAGGUUUGAGUGCGUAAAAACAAAAGCGACCUUAUUGUGGACUGCUAAUCGUUUGGGAGAUAACCCAUCACUCCCUGUCUUAACCAAUUUGCAUUGUAAUGAACUGCUGCUGAGGUGUCCCCCCCCCUGUCCUCACCCCUUUCCCCCACACACACACACCUCUGUUGGGGGGGAGAGAAACUGUUGAGACAAUGUACCUGGCAUUCACAGAGCUUAAUUCCUCCCUGUUUAUAUGUAUUAGUGGUACAGGCAGGAAGCUUUUACGCAAACUGGGCAUUACUUACAUGACAGUUUGGUCCGUAAAGGAGCUUCACACAAAGAGCAUUUGGCUUUUUUUUAAUUAUUAUUAUUACCAUUUUAUCUCCAUAGUGCCAGAUAACAUUGUAUCAUUCAAUCACAUCAAAGAUAGUUUAAAUUAAAAGCCUUAAGAUAGUGCCCAAGUAUUUUUUACGGGUCUUUCAGUUUUUUGUAAUUUCAAAGUGUAUUUAUAUAAAAGUUAUGUAAAAAUGUGUACAUUUGUGUAUAAAAAGAAAAACUUUAUAAGCUAUUGUAAAUUUGUACAAAGUGUAGAUGUCUCUUUUUUGUGAGAAAGCAAAUAUGACCUUUAUUUUGACAAUAAAACAUGGUGAUGAAUCUGA